AUGAUCGCUGCUUUCUGGGACGAUGCAGAUUUAACUAGAGGAAUUGGAGCCAUAUAUUACCAGGACUAUGAUUUCUCAGUCAAAAGAGAUUCUCACAGUCAGAAACUUCAGAAUGACAUCAAGAAGCAAGUAAAUGCUUACUACGACCUUGACAUUGAAAGCUUCACACCUAAAUGGGCCCUCAAGAUUACUUGGGAAAAUGUAUCCCCUUACAUUGGAUAUAGAAACAGAGAUCCUCUGAACACAAACACUUAUCAGGCAGUUCUGACCACAGAUGGGGUCUAUUCCUUUUGUCUAAUUCAAUUUAAAGAUGGUGGAAUGAACUGGAAUUAUAAUUCAAGAUCUUACUAUAGAAACUAUGCCUUAAUGGGAUACUAUAGUGGGUCCAGAUUUUCAAAAACUGGUUCAAACUUUCCAGCCUUUAACGACCCUCACACCAGGUUUUACGUAUCACCUGCAGAAAUAUAUCGGCCAGAUCAAUACAUCGGCUUCCAAACAGGAAGAAAAGGACGAUGGGCUUACCGACUGGAGAAAAAUACCCAGUUGACAAGAAACCCAAGACAAAAGUGCUUGGACUGGUAUAGAGAAGAGCCCUCUCCAUACUGGAAUACCAAUCCCUGUCCCUGCUCUUUCUGGCAGGCUAUAUUUGACUUUCGCUUUAUCUGGGGAAACACUUUCAACAGUUAUUACAGAUCUGAAGUUAAAGAACCUCAAGUGAAUGAAAUUGAUCCGUACAAUGACUGCUGCAGAGACUCGGGCAGCUAUUCUUACUGUUCACUGUACCGCGAGAAGAGGCCCCGGAACUUCUGCUUUGGCUACAUUCCUCCUCGUAUAGGCUUCUUCUUUGGAGACCCUCAUGUGGUGUCCCUGGACAAUGUAAAGUACACGUUCAAUGGUCUGGGCGAGUUUAUCCUGUUAAAUGUGAAAGAUGAAAGCAAUACAGUGAUAUUUGCUCUCCAAGGACGAACCAUUCAAGCCGGGGAAAAUAUGACGUCUGAGGCAACCAACUUUGUAGCACUGGCAGCGCAAGGACCAAGUGGAACAAAGGUUCAGUGGAAUCUUGUUGGUGAUGAGAUUAACGUGUUGUUAGAUGGAAUGGCUGUAAAUGUUACAGAAAAUUCAACUUACAUCAAUCAAGUUACCUUGCAGACGACCAGUAACAACGAGACAGUGGCGACUUUUGAAGGUGGAACAUCUGUGACAGUUUCAGGAACAAAGGGGGCUCUGACUUUUACCACCUUCUUAGAUAAUGAUUUAAAAAACAAGACUGAAGGACUCUUAGGUGUCUGGAACGAUGAUGCAACAGAUGACUUCAAAGCUGCGAAUGGAACAUAUCUCAACUUUGAUGGAAAAAAAUUGCCCAGUGACAAUGAUAUAUUCUUUGAUUUUGGCUUGACAUGGAAAACGACUGAGAACAACACCCUGUUCACAUACAACAGUUAUCCUGGGGAGACCUGGUACACCUACAACAACAAUAGCUUUGUACCCAAGUUCUACGAUGAACUGUUGAAUACGACAGAUAAAGAGAAAAUUAACAAAGCGAACGAAACCUGCAAAGGAAAUGAUGAUUGCAUUUUUGACAUUUUAAGUACAGACGACUUUUCUUUUGGAGCAGCAACCUUGCAAAGUAUCACAUCUUUUGGAUCACAGAAUAGUACAAUGAAUAAUUUCCCACCCAACAUCACUGGAAAUUCAGUCUUUGAAACCCGUCUUGAUGAGCCGGUAUUCUUUAUUUUUUCCGCAACUGAUCUCAAUGACGAUAAGGUGAUAUUUUCAGUGCUGACUGAUUCUGCAGAUAUCAGUAUGACAGAAAAUGGAAACUUCACUUGGCAUCCAACAAGUGCCACUCCAGUGUUUGUGAUUGUACAAGCUAAUGAUUCAAAAGCUGUUGCUGAGUUAGGAUUGACACUGAUAUUGUGCAACUGCAGCAUCAACUCAACCUGUGAUUAUUCUGGAUCAAUUCUGACUAUUGACAGAAAUAACAGUGCCUUUCAGAUCUCGAUGUGUAACUGCAGUGAAGCUUACACUGGCGAUUACUGCACAGAGGAUUUUGAUGGUUGUGAAGACAAUCAGUGUUUCCUGAACGACACUUGCAAAGAUCAACCGGCACCACAAGAGGGCUAUACCUGUGAUCCAUGUCCAGAUUAUUUACAAGGAGAUGGUUUAAAGUGUUAUGAUCUUGAUGAAUGUCUGGAGAACAUCUCCUCUUGUCAGCAGAUCUGCACCAAUGUGUUUGGAGGAUACAACUGCAGCUGUAAUGAGGGUUAUGAGAUCGACCAGAGCAACAGCUCUCUGUGUGCUGACAUUGAUGAAUGCAACAACGCUUCCACAUGUCCCCAGAACGCAGACUGUACCAACACAAUGGGAAACUACUCAUGUUCUUGCAAGACUGGAUACAACGGCGAGCCAUAUCGAUUCUGCAUUGAUAUUAAUGAAUGUCUUAAUAUCAAUAAAUGUUCAGCCAUCAGUAAGUCAACUUGUAGCAAUACUGAUGGAUCUUUUCAUUGUACCUGUCUGCAGGGAUAUGAAGGAGCCCAAUGUGCAGAUAUUGAUGAAUGUACGUCAAAUCGGAGCAACUGUGUCUUCAAUUCGGAUUGCCUGAAUACUGUCGGCUCGUACACAUGUAUGUGUAACACUGGAUACGAGGGUCCCAACUGCAUUGAUAUUGACGAAUGUGCCAAGAUUCAGGACAACUGUCACAAAAUGGCGACCUGUAAUAACACAGCGGGCUCAUUUAAAUGUUCAUGCAUGUCUGGAUUCCAGGGAAAUGGAACGUUCUGUGAAGAUAUUGAUGAGUGUGCAGACACCUCUGAAACAUGUUCUUCCAAUGAGGUGUGUGAAAACAGCUUUGGAAAUUAUGCCUGCAAAUGUCUUCCUGGAUAUGAAAGGGUGAACGGUUCUUGCCAAGAUAUUGAUGAAUGUCAGAAUACAAAUAAAUGCUCUGAGACGGGGCAAUUAUGUGUUAAUAUUGAAGCCUCUUACAAAUGUGGAUGCAAGACUGGAUUUGUGAGUAACAGUGGAAUAUGCAAAGAUAUUGAUGAAUGUUCACUGUCAGAAACAAAUAACUGUUCCAAAAGUCGAGGUCUCUGUGCUAACCUAGAAGGUUCAUAUGCUUGCCAAUGCUUAGCUGGAUAUUCUGGAGAUGGGAUUGUAUGCAACGCACUUCACCCGCAACCGCAGCCGUCAACUCUUCACCCACAACAGCAACAACCAUCAGCACUUCAGGAGCAGCCACCAUCCAAACCACUGCAGGCACCACCGAAACCACUGCAGGGACGAUCAAAACCACUGCAGGCACCAGCAAAACCACUGCAGGCACCAGCGAAACCACUGCAGGCACCAGCAAACCCAUUGCAGGCACCACUGAAACCACUGCAGGCACCAGCAAAACCACUGCAGGCACCAGCAAAACCACUGCAGGCACCAGCAAAACCACUGCAGGCACCAGCAAAACCACUGCAGGCACCAGCAAAGCCACUGCAGGCACCAGCAAAACCCACUGCAGGCACCAGCAAACCCAUUGCAGGCACCACCGAAACCAUUGCAGGCACCACCGAAACCAUUGCAGGCACCACCAAAACCACUGCAGGCACCACCGAAACCACUGCAGGCACCAGCAAAACCACUGCAGGCACCAUCGAAGCCACUGCAGGCACCAGCGAAACCACUGCAGGCACCAGCAAAACCACUGCAGGCACCACUGAAACCACUGCAGGCACCAGCAAAACCACUGCAGGCACCAGCAAAACCACUGCAGGCACCAUCGAAGCCACUGCAGGCACCAGCAAAACCACUGCAGGCACCAGCAAACCCAUUGCAGGCACCAGCAAACCCAUUGCAGGCACCACCGAAACCAUUGCAGGCACCACCAAAACCACUGCAGGCACCAUCGAAACCACUGCAGGCACCAUCGAAACCACUGCAGGCACCACCGAAACCACUGCAGGCACCAGCAAAACCACUGCAGGCACCAUCGAAGCCACUGCAGGCACCAGCAAAACCACUGCAGGCACCAGCAAACCCAUUGCAGGCACCAGCAAACCCAUUGCAGGCACCACCGAAACCAUUGCAGGCACCACCGAAACCAUUGCAGGCACCACCAAAACCACUGCAGGCACCAUCGAAACCACUGCAGACACCACCGAAACCACUGCAGGCACCACCGAAACCACUGCAGGCACCAGCAAAACCACUGCAGGCACCAGCAAAACCACUGCAGGCACCAGCAAAACCACUGCAGGCACCAGCAAAACCACUGCAGGCACCAGUAAAACCACUGCAGGCACCACCAAAAGCACUGCAGGCACCACCAAAACCACAUCAGCGACAACUACCCUGCCAAGUACCUCUGGUGGUGGAUGUCUCAAACUUUUGGAUUAUGGAGUGGAGUUUGGAGAUCAAACAUUGACUACAGCAGCAUCUGAUGUCACAUCUCCCAUUUUCAAGCCAGAAAUCGGCUUUCCUAUGGGAAACAGCCUCCAGUUUCUUCUUUACUUUACAGACAAUGGACUGAUAGUUUUCCCAUCAGCAGAGUCUGAGGUCUACAGAUACACCAAUCCAUUUUCAGGUGGCUUUACUGCAUCUUCGACAAUCCCCAUGAUAGCCGCAUUCUGGGCAGACGCAGACCUUUCAGCUGGUGCAACAGUUUUCUAUCAGGAAUACCAUACCUAUAGAUCUGAAUCUCCCAGUUUGAUACAGAGAGUAGAGGGAAUAAUAAAAAAGUAUUUUGAAAUUCAAUAUAAGGCAAAAUGGACCCUAAAGAUAACCUGGGAUAAAAUACCUGCAUUCCCUGCCUCUCAGUUACAAUCUAAGACAAACACCUUCCAAGCAGUUUUAAGUACAGAUGGCAGUCAGUCCUUUGUUCUCAUAUUUUACAAGUGUGAUGGAAUGAACUGGGAUGUAUCAACCCUCGUUUCUACAAAUGUUCUCAUAGGUUUCAACAGUGGAGACGGAUACUUUGAGAAUGACAAACAAACAGAACUUACUGUGACUGAAAGAUAUCGUCCAGACAAGUAUAUAGGAACAAAUACAGAUUUGAAAGGCCUCUGGGCAUAUAAACUAAUUGAGGGCAGUCCACAGAAGAAUUACAGAGCAGAAUGUUUGAACUGGUUUCUAUCAGAGCCAGAUCCAGCUAACUGGAAUCAGGCUUUAUUUUCCUGUCCAUGUACAUUUAACCAAGGACAGGCAGAAAAUCGAUUCCGGAAAUUCAAGUCAGAUGCAUCAACCAAGCUUCUCCGUCCUACUGGUCCAAAUGCAUUUAAUGCUAGUCUGAGGUGCAUUUACAACAGGAAGAAUGCACUCAUUGAAGGGUGGCAGGAGAGAUACUGGGUUUCCUUCAGACAAAUAACCUCCUUAACCAAUAACCAGAAAUUCGACCUAGAUCCAUACAACUGGUGCUGCAUAAAAGUUGACGACCCAUUGUUCUGUUCCUAUUAUGAGAUGAAAAGACCAAAAGAUAUGUGUCAAGGAUACAGAGCACCAACUGCAGUCUUGGCACUUGGAGAUCCUCACUUCACUACCAUAGAUGGACUGAACUACACAUUUAACGGCCUUGGUGACUACGUAUUGGUCAAUGUGCAAGAUUCCAGCACCAAAACCAUUUUUAAGCUGCAUGGUCGCACUGGACAAACUGGUAGCGCUAAAGCCACAAACUUCAUGGCAUUUGCAGCUCAGCAUUUGUCUACAAAAAAUACCACACUCCAGAUAAUUUUAAAAGACAAUGAGUCCAUCAAUGCCAUAUUGAACGAUCAGAAUGUAACAUUUGUGCUUCUUGCUGAAGAUACCAGUAAAGAGAUUUAUGAGGACGGUGCUUUUUCUCUGGAAAAGAGUGCAAGCGGAUCAACAAUCACAGCUACUUUUGAUGGAGGAAUUUCAUUAACAGCAACAGCAAAAUUUGCCAUGUUAACCAUCGCAGUAUUCUUACCUGAAGAUUACUUGAACAAAACAGAAGGACUAUUUGGUCUAUGGAACAGAGAUCCUAAUGAUGACUUAAAAAUGCCAAACGGUACCAUUAUACCCAUCAACAGCACGGAAUCUGCUAUUUUUGAUUACGGGAGAACAUGGACCGUGCCCACUGACAGAUCCCUUUUUACAGCCACUGGAUUAAGCACGUCUCAUAAUGACUCAUUUCGACCAGUCUUUAUGGAGGACAUCAGAAAGUUUGCGAACUUUGGAGCAAUUGCCAUCGUGUGCAAAAAUAACACACAGUGUAUUUUUGACUCAUUAACCACAGGGAAUGAAGAAAUUGGGUUGGCCACAGCAUCACAAAUCUCAGCAUUUGCCAUACAGAAUAGUACACUACGCUCUUUCCCACCAUUUAUUGAAGGAAACCAGGUUAUUCGGGGGGUGUUGCUGCAGAAAAUAACUUCCUACUUCACAGCAACAGAAGGAACAUUUACAGCUAUAAUCUCCCAAGAUUUGAAUCUAACAGCGAACGGAACUUUAACUUGGAUUCCAAGAAGCACAGAUGGAUUUUUCUUAGAAAUUGAAGCAACUGGAUCCAAUAAUGCAUCUUCAGUUGUUCAUCCCAGACUCGUGCUUUGUAACUGCAAUAAUAACGGGGAGUGCAACUUCAAUGAAACUUUGCGAAUCAAUGGAUCCUCUGUUUACAAAGCUAGCUGUAGAUGUCAAACUGGAUUCAGUGGCAGUGAGUGUCAGACUGAAACAAAUGAGUGUCAGAUUAUCAACUGCUUCCCUGGGGCAAACUGCAAUGACUCCUCUGGAUGUGGUCCCUGUCCAGCGGGAUUGAGUGGGAACGGUGAACAGUGCACAGAUAUAGAUGAAUGCAAUGACAUGAAUCCAUGCUCCCAGAACGCAACGUGCACCAACCUUAUAAGAAGCUACAAUUGUUCCUGUCAUGCAGGAUUUUCAGGAAAUGGUACAACGUGUGCUGCAAUACUCUGUGAUUCUUCUCCAUGUCCGGCCUCCUACUGCGACAAUGGAGUAACCUGUAUUCCUGAGCCUACCAAUGCCUGCUCACCUUCCUGUGAAUGUCCACCUCAGUACCAAGGAGAUCGUUGCAGCCUUCCAACCUCGCAGUUCAUGGCAGAACCUCUGUCGACGAUUCCACAGAGACGUGUGAAUAUAACAUUAAGACUGAUCAACUUCAAUUCAAGCAUUCUAAGUAACCAAAGUAGCGCAGACUUGAUGAACAAACUCACCAGAGAAAAGGUCCUUAAAAUUAUGUCCAACAUACCAAGGUUUGAUAGCAACAUGGAGCCCGUAUUCUGGGCAUUGAGUGGGAGAAUAGCUACUGCUGUGGCAUCAUCAUUUAAUUAUAACGGAAACAAGACAAUCAUCGAUUUCCUGAAUGAUGAAUUAAUCAACGAGAUUAUAAAAGCCUUUAAUAAACAACGGUCACGGCGCUCAUUGCAGGAUGAGACUGUUGAUUUUGAAACUGUAAACAGAGAUGAUAUUCAGGAUGUAAAAAAGGUAUUGCAGUAUGAAUUGUUGAGUCACUUCAGCUGCAACAACACUGUAUUUGCUGGCUAUGUGGUUCAGUGGGAUGAACAAGACGGAGUGGUUUGUAGAUCUCCCUGCGACAUGGACCAUUGUCUGAAUGAAGCAAAGUGCCAACAUCUGCCCACAGGGCCACAGUGCAUUUGUAUUCCACGAACCAUAUAUUCCACUUUUGGUGAUCGCUGCGAGCACUUAUCCAUGAAUCUCAGAGCAUUUUUUGGUAUUCUCUUUGGAGCUCUUGCCUUCCUGCUCCUGCUAUUAUUAGCAAUAUUUCUUAUCGUAUGGAAAUGCAAAACAUCUAAACGGCAGCAACUCAUCAAUGACACAAGCAGUACUGGGAGCGCAGGGAAUACAACAUUCUCUUGGCAAAAGAACGCAUGGCACCUGACUUCCAAAAUGGAAUCAACUUCUAUUUUGCCUUCUGCAAACCCUAAGAAUUUGUCUUCAGUGAGUUGGAAGCCACAUCUCAGCAGUGUCAACCUAGCAAAGAUAUCCAUUCAAAGGCCAUCACUCAACAAGAAUGAUGCUGACUCAGGACAAUAAAUCCAUAACACAACAGGAUUUAAUGUUUCUCCUGGAUUGAAAUAUGCUGAAACGGAACAGACUUAAGAGUUAAUAGAAGUAAAAAUUGCAGACAUCAAAGCUCAUUGUAAUUGUCUUCAAUUGCUUAGCCUAUAAUUUAAUCACAUUAUAUUCAAAUCAAUUCAUAAUACUUGUUAGAAAGAAUGAGAAUUAACAAAUUCCUUAAAGGUGUCCUGCGAAUUAAAAAACAGGCAUCUGCUCUUGCAAUUACAGCCAAUUUACUAUGAAGCACACUUGUCAUCAAUAUGUUAUCAGAUUAUAUAAUUGUAACAAUUCAUGAAUAUACAUUAACAAAAAUGUUUACAAUAACCAUGAAAUAAGAUUUAAAGAAAUCUACUUAAUAUCAAUUUUCUGAUGUUUACAUUAGCUGUAUGGAUAUGUAGUUACGUUCUUGUAUCGGUGUCUGAAUUUUAAGCUUGCAACAAAUGCAGUUGGCGGUUUUGGUUGGGUAAGAAGAACAGGACUUUGUUUUGAUGAAAGUUAUAGAGGAGGUAAUUAUAUUGUGUUUCAAAGCAGUUUAUUUUUUAAAAAUUCUAUACUUUAACAGAAGCAUUUAAAUAAAGGAAUCAAUAAAUUA